AUGGGCCAUGGACAAUGGGCCAUUGGCCAAGGCACUGGGUCGCUGGGCCGUGGCCGACAGCUGUUGCAAGCCGACGGCACUGAGGUUAAAGGCGACGACGCAUUGCUAACCUCAUACUUGUGGACCGCGGAUGGUCCACCGAAAACUCUGCCAAGUACUGGGCUGGCCCACGCAAUUAGGGAUCAAGAGAGCCAGCCGCUUUUGUCGAGAUUAUCAGAUACCAUGCAGCCACACUCACACAAACACGGUGCCGGCCUCGUCCAAGCAUCCGCCAUUGCCAUGGCACGCGCGCAGCCAAGCGAGGGGCUGUACGAUUAG